UUACCACAGAGUUCGCUUCAGCUCCAACUAGAGCUACCUAUCACUAUUGUUCCUUCCUAUUAUAUUAUCAACACAUAAAAUGAACUGAGAGGGGAGUCUUCUCACUGGACUGGAUUGAGUGGGCCGUCGCGAAGGAAUUGGCUGUGGCUUUCUGGUGCCAGUGAUUCAACAAUUUCAUCUUAGCCUAAUAUGAAAGCUAGAUUCAAUGCUGCUGUUAUCCAAUUUCGUUUCCUAUUCCGCAUCCCUGAAAUCUUCGUCCCCUUAGCCUUUGAUUCUCCCUCUCCAAAACCCCCAAUUUUGAAGCUUUGCCGGUACUGGACCACCUUUGCCACCACCACUGCACCAUCCCCAUUAGGCGAAACCCUAGAUGGAAAAGUAGCAAUACAAGAGGUUGGAGGUUUCCCAAAGGACUCCACAGAUGUUUUUCGGAGGUGGGGCUGCAGUGAUGCUGAUAUAUUACAAAUAUUUCACCGGAGGCCUGCUUUGCGUAAAGUUGGUCUUGCCAACCUUCAAUCCAAACUCAACUUACUUAGUGCGUUGGGCCUCAAUUCUUCCGACCUUGUCAAGGUCAUUAAUUGUCGCCCCCGCUUGUUCAGUUGUCGCAUCAAUCGCUGCUUUGAUGAGCGCCUAGAAUUUCUACUAAAAUUGUUUGGGUCAAGGGAGGUAGUUGUGAAAGCAAUUACACGAAACCCUUCCCUCCUCACCUAUGACUUCCAUAAUAAAAUGAAACCCGUCAUUGCCACAUACGAUGAAUUGGGUGUUAGUAGAAAGGAUUUAAUACCAAUGCUUAUAUCUCGUCCCACCUUAAUUCCCCGAUCCUCUCUCAAUGAUGGGAAGUUGGAUUACAUUCGCAAGACUGGUAUCUCCAAGGAUUCCAAAAUGUACAAAUAUGUUGUCACCCUGAUUGCUGUCUCACGUAUUGAGACGAUCCGUGAAAAGCUGGCAAACUUUGAGAAGUUUGGGUUUUCGGAAGAUGAGGUUUUUGGCCUUUUUGGACGCUCUCCUCUCAUAUUAACGCUAUCUAUUGACAAGGUUCAGCGGAAUAUGACUUUCAUAUUAGGCACAAUGAAACUACCAGCCAGCGUGGUCCUUGGUCACCCAUUUCUGCUGUUCUGCAAUUUGGAAGCUGUGUUAAAGCCACGGGUUCUUCUGGCAGGAAAGAUACAGGAUAUGGACCUAAUUCCACAAAUUAAAGGACCUGCAAUGUUGAGGGCAUUGAGAAUGAAAGAGAAGCGGUUUGUUAAGGCAUUUGUUAAUUGUCACCCAAAGGAUGUUGCUUACGAACUGAUGAAGUUCUACUCAAACGCAAAAGAUGUCAAACGAUUAGCAGAAGCCUCAAAGACUAAUGUCCAUAAAGGAUUCCCAUUCUGAACAUUUUUGGAUACCAGGUGCUGCUGAUGGUUAGGCUGAAGUUGCUCAACCCUGUUGACAAUGAAAUCUGAUAGAUUUGUGAUUAGAAAGGGUAAAAAGGUUACCAAGCUGACUUGAGGGGAUCCAAAACAAAGGGGACAGGCUAAAAGAGAGAGAUUCGAAAGGGACAUAAAAUGAAGUAUGCGGAGAAUGAACACUUGGAGCAAGGAGCUUCCCAGAAGGUGUCCCGGAUGGUCUUAGCCUCCGGCUAUUGUUUCACAGCUACAUUCUUGAGGCAGGAAAACUGUAGUUGGUUGUGAUUGAAGGAAACCGUGUGAAGAUAGUUCUGGGAUUUGCUGCAAUUAUCAAUUCUUACAACAAUUUGAAAAUGUAUUGAGUAAACCAUUUCAAAUGCAAUUUUGUAUGUGUUCAUUGUAUCAAGAUUGGAACAAUGCAAUUGAGGUCUGUCUGCUUAUUCCUCUCUCUCUGAAUGCUAGAAGUUCUGUGGGUUCUUGCUGAUCAAUUACAUUGAUAUUCCUUGA